AUCUUUUUGUCCAUAAACUAAGGAAAAAGAAGUUAAAAACCAACCCAUAUGCCUCAUUGUACUUUUUUUUCUCUUUUCUUUAUUUCAGAAGUAUAGUGCAUCAAUCACAUUAUUCAUUCAUUUCAUCAUCAACAAAAGACAGAAAAUAUCAGCUCAAUAUAGUUUCAUUUCAUUUCCCAAAAUUAUACCCAAACCAUAAAACUUCCUUAAUCUGCAUCAUCACAUUCCUCUUUUCAUUGUAAUUUUCAUUUCUCUUUUCUCAUUCCCGAGAAAAAAAAUCAGAAAAUUUUGAUUUUCAUAUGUUAAUUUAAUCAAUCAUUAUUCUUCCCUUUUUGCCUAUAACCCAUAACCUUCACUAUUUGAUUUUUCCCCAUGCAUGAUAAAAAAUCUCGAAUUUCCUUCAACCCGUUUAAAUUCUCCAUCUCAAUUUCAUGUAGCUUCUCUCAAAUUGUUCAGAAUUCACGGUUUUCUUCCAUGACCGAGAUCUAGGGUUUCUUAACCCUGUUCCUCCCACAUUGUUCCUUUUCACGGUUCUUCUACAACAAAUCAACGUUUUCUGGUACAUUGAUUGUUUUUCCUUCAUGGGUUCCCUCUAAAGCUUCAAAAUUUGUAGAUUUCACCUACUGGGUCACCAUGUUGAAGCAAUUUCUAAGUAAACUUCCUCGCAAAGCAUCAAAACAUGACUCGGACGAGUCGUGCAGAGUCGAUUCGCACGAUUCGCAUCGAGUCACCGGUAAAAACAACCGUUCACAAGGCGGCAACGAUGGGGGUAAAGCCAACGCCGCGAAAAGGAAUUCAUCAGCAGCGGUUUUUCCGACAAGCACCGUGUCGUUGAUUGAACCGUUGGUGCCGUUUAAGGAUGUUCCUAGCUCGGAGAAAAUGAACCUCUUUGUAAGCAAGUUGAGUCUUUGUUGCGUUGCGUUUGAUUUCACCGAUUCUGGUAAGAACGUUGUGGAGAAAGAUGUAAAGAGAAGAACAUUGGUUGAACUUGUUGAUUUUGUUUCUUCUUUUGGGUCUGCAAAGUUUAGUGAGCCAGCUAUUCUUGCAAUGUGUAGGAUGUGUGCUAUCAAUCUCUUUCGCGUUUUCCCGCCACAUUAUAGGGCUCAUAAUCGAAUUGGUGGCGGUGAGAAUGAUGAUGAUGAACCAGCUUUUGAUCCUGCUUGGCCUCAUCUUCAACUUGUUUACGAAUUGUUGCUUAAAUUUAUAACAUCUUCUUGUCUUGAUGCUAAGGUGGCUAAAAAGUAUUUUGAUCAUUCGUUUAUUUCGACAUUGUUGGAGUUGUUUAAUUCGGAGGAUCCCAGGGAAAGGGAUUGUUUGAAGACAAUUAUGCAUAGGGUUUAUGGAAAAUUCAUGGUUCAUAGACCUUAUAUUCGGAAAUCGAUUAACUAUAUGUUUUAUAGGUUUGUGUUUGAGACCGAGAAACACAAUGGAAUUGCUGAGUUGUUGGAGAUUUUUGGGAGUAUAAUAAGUGGAUUUGCAUUGCCAUUGAAAGAAGAACACAAAAUUUUCUUGUGGAGAGUUUUGAUCCCUUUGCAUAAGCCUAGAUCUAUGGGGGUUUACUUCCAACAAUUGUCUUAUUGUGUUACACAGUUUAUAGAGAAGGAGCCUAAGUUGGCAAGCAUUGUGAUUAGGGGUUUGUUGAAAUAUUGGCCAAUAACACAUAGUCAGAAAGAGGUAAUGUUCCUUGGUGAACUUGAAGAAAUUUUGGAAACAAUUAACAUGGUUGAGUUUCAAAGGGUCAUGGUACCAUUGUUUUGGCGAAUUGGAUGCUGCAUGAGCAGUUUACACUUUCAGGUAUCUGAAAGAGCCCUUUACUUAUGGAACAAUGACCACAUUGUCAAUUUGAUUGCUCACAACCGUCAAGUGAUACUACCUAUCAUAUUUCCAGCUCUAGAGAAGAAUUUUCACAGCCAUUGGAAUCCAGCAGUGCUCAACUUAACCCAUAAUGUUCGAAAGAUGUUCAAGGAAAUGGAUGAGAAUCUGUUCCUUACUUGUCGUUCUCAGUUUAAGGAGGAAGAAGCACAGCUAAACUCAGAAUCUGAGAAGCGGAAUGAAGCAUGGAAACAAUUAGAACAUACAGCCAGUCUCAAGCCUGCAGUCGGAAACACCGCUGUUUUAGUCUCUCCGAUUUGAUAACCGGAACUUUUGUAUGUAUGAGUAUGAUACAAUCCAAAUCAAUUUUUAUCUCUUUCCACAUGGAAUGUGGUAAAUGGUUGUUACUGGGAGUAGAAUUUCAUUUUUGGGUCAUAUAUAUGCCUUUGAUACUUCUAGCAGCCAAAUGUUGUAACAUGUAACAUAAUUUUGAUUGAUGACUGUACGGUAGCAACCUGUCUCCUCAAGAUAAGUUAUGAUGAGAAGGACCAUGCAGUAGAUUAAUCAAACCAUUUUUCUGUAUAAGCUAAUUUCCAAAA